CCAAAGCAACCUUAAGCCCUUUUCAAUCUUCACAUUUUACGGCUUAAAGCUAAUGGGGAAAACCUAGCCGCUUCGAUCAUUUAUGAGUUGCGGCUCUGCUCUUUCAUAUUCAUACUCCUCCUUCAACGAUUUUAAUGGCUUCCUCAAACGAGAGGUCUAGCGGAUUUUCUAUACACAUCGGAACUUCUGUGUAGAGCAAAGCUCCUCUCCAUGUCAAUUGUCUUGCUCCGAUUUUGCAUCACAGUGCUCAUUAACCCUACCGUCAAGAGCAAAGAGAAGGUUUUAGGUGCUUGAAACUGUGGGCAUCUACAACACUCUUGUUGCUCAAUCAAAACUGUAUUAGGAUAUUCUAAUCAUCAACCGCCAGUGCGACACCGAGAUGGAGCCGGAAGUUAUGGAAGCAGAGUUAGUGUUGCCAACUCGAAUGAAAUUCAAGAGAAUUCAAAUGGCCGACAAGUACCCCAAAGGUCAAGCCAGAGGUAGGCACUGGAAACAUCUCAAGCAGAUUAUCCAAGCUGAGAAUUACCAAAAUUACCCUCCAAAUGAACCCACUUACGUUAAUAUUGAAUCUCCCCCUUCUAUGCAUCCAUGCAAAAAGAUAUGCGAUAUAACAGGGUUUGAGGCUCCUUAUUUUGAUCCCAGAACCAACCUCCGUUACGCGAAUACAGAGGUCUUCAAGAUGAUAAGAUCACUUCCUAAUGAUUAUGUUCAGAGAUACCUUACUCUUAGAAAUGCUGCAGUAGUCUUGAAAUAGUUUUUUUUUGCCAAACUCAUCCAUAACUUGUCUUAGUUAUAUGUUUGACUUGUUGCCGCUUAUAGUCCUCCGACUAAUACUCAUGGUAUUUGACUUUGAAUUUACCACUUCUAGUCCUUCAAAUAUUGUGAGACAGACACUAAUGUUCUUCGACUUUGAAGUUUGAACGUUUCCACUUUUAGUCCUCUAACUAUUGUAAAAAUGACACUCUUGGUUCUUCAAUUUUAUCAUAAUGACAUUAUUAUUAGACCUCCA